AUGUCUCUACCUGCAGCUCCACCCAUCUUGGAUUUCUCUCCAUUCUAUGGAGAGGAUAGCGACGCAAAAUCAAAGUUGAUCGCAGAAGUGCGCAAAUGUUGCCAUUACAAUGGCUUCUUUCAGAUCACUGGCCACCGCAUCCCACUGGACUUGCAGAACCGUGUCAUGAAUUGCUCCAGGCGCUUCUUUGAUCUUCCCCUGGAGGAGAAAUUGAAAAUUGACAAGAAUCUCACCACUUUCAACAGAGGCUAUGAACUCCUCCGGUCGCAAAUGCUAGAAGUAGGCACCGGGCCAGAGCUGAAAGAAGGCCUGUACAUCGGCGAGGAAAUCCCCGAAGACCACCCCUACUAUCUGGAGAAGAAACUGAACAGUGGCCCCAACCAGUGGCCCCCUACUGUUCCCAAUAAGGAGGAGUUCCAAGAAACAACCAUGGAAUACUACCACGCGGUGUUCGAUCUGGCAAAGGAUGUUUUGGGGGUCCUGGCUCAAACGCUGGGAGUUGAAUCAACAUUCUUCGACCCUCUCACAGACGGAGCCGUUGCAACAAUGCGAUACCUGCACUAUCCCGCGCAGCCGGAGGACACCGACGAGAAAUUGAAUCGCGGCAUCGGAGCGCAUACCGACUUUGGAUGUAUCACUCUCCUUCUACAGGAUGAGGUCGAUGGGUUGCAGGUGCUAGAUGCGCCAUCAGGUCAAUGGCUGGAUGUCAAACCCGUUCCUGGAGCGUAUGUCGUGAAUUUGGGUAACCUCUUCAUGCGCAUGGCGAAUGACAAAUAUAAAUCCAACACCCAUCGUGUGAUCAACAAAUCCGGUCGAGAGAGAUACUCGAUUCCGUUCUUUUUCAGUGGAAACCCGGACUAUAUCUGCGAGUGUUUGCCUAACUGUCGCGAAGAGGGGGAACCUGCCAAGUACGGUCCAAUUACUGUGCAGGAUAUGGUUACAGCGUCUUACAAGGAGAGCUAUGGCCGCGCUGAGGAAUUCAAGAAGGAUUUGGAUUUACAGAAGGCAGAUGUUAUUCCGGUUGUUGCUGCGGUCGGUGCCUAG